CCGCGUCAUUGCAUACUACAGUUGGGCUACGGAAACGCAUUGCGCAUUUGCUGGGUGCCAGAAACUGUAGGUGGUGGUGUAGCAUAGCUACACGAGAGCGAGCAGACUAAGAAAUCGGGUCACAGACUCCACACUUGUCUUUGUCCAUUAAUUAAGAUUGAGUUGGGAGAAUAUCCUGGACGCUAUAUCUAUUUGGAUAUGUCGGUCCGAACGCGGACAGGAUUUUACCACCAGGAAGUAAACAAAACGGCAUGGGAAGUUCCAGAGAGAUACCGUGAGCUAAAGCAGGUGGGGACGGGAGCCUAUGGGACAGUAUGUUCAGCCCAGGAUUGGAGGACGGGGGUGAGGGUGGCCAUCAAAAAGCUCCACAGACCCUUCCAGUCUAAACUCUUCGCCAAGAGGGCCUACAGAGAACUACGGCUCCUGAAGCACAUGAAACACGAGAACGUGAUUGGACUCCUUGAUGUGUUCACUUCUGAAAUCUCAUUGGACAGGUUUCAUGACUUUUACCUUGUAAUGCCAUUCAUGGGUACUGACCUUGGGAAAUUGAUGAAAAUUGAGAGAUUAUCCCAGGACAGGGUGCAGUUCCUGGUCUAUCAAAUGCUGAAGGGACUCAAGUAUAUACACUCUGCAGGGAUCAUUCACAGGGAUCUCAAACCUGGCAAUUUGGCCGUCAAUGAAGAUUGUGAGCUAAAGAUCCUGGACUUUGGACUGGCCCGGCAGGCAGACACAGAGAUGACAGGGUACGUGGUAACUCGCUGGUACAGGGCCCCGGAGGUGAUCCUCAACUGGAUGCACUACACACAGACGGUGGAUAUCUGGUCAGUCGGCUGUAUCAUGGCAGAGAUGCUUUUGGGCAAGCCGCUGUUUAAAGGAAAUGACCACCUGGACCAACUGAAGGAGAUCAUGAAGAUCACUGGUACACCCUCGGCAGACUUUGUUACAAAGCUACAAAGCCAAGAUGCCAAAAAUUACAUCCGGAGCCUUCCCAAAGUACCAAAGAAAGAUUUACACCUUCUUUUCUCCAAAGCUACCUCAGACGCGGUGUGUAUGUUGGAGCGCAUGCUGUUGCUGGACCCGGAGAGCAGGGUUAGUGCGUCGGAGGCGCUGGCCAUGCCCUUCUUCAGCGAGUUCAGAGAACCAGAGGAAGAGACUGAGGCCCAGCUCUAUGAUCACUCCAUGGACAACACAGACCUGCCCCUGGAACAGUGGAAACGUCACACAUUUACAGAGAUUCUGUCCUUCAGGCCUGCAGCGACAGAGACCAAGGAUCCCAAAGAGACAUCACUCUGACUGUGCAGGCAGACACACAAACUCACACAAACAAACACAGAACAGUUGUCUAUACUUUUGGUUGUAUAUUGUAAAGAUGUAAGGCUAAUGCAAUGUACAGAAUGUGAUUUAUUGGUUAUAGAUACAAUUUCAGCCAAAUAAAAGUUUUCUUUUUCAAUAAACCUUCAGUUUUGUCUGUCUGCAAAACAAUGAGUUAAUGGAAAAGGAAGUUCUUACUUGCUUACAUGUGAACCAUGAAUUUUUGUAUGAGUAGUGUAAAUUGCUGAAUUUCUGGAUUGCAAUACACCUGUUCAAAUACUGAAAUUACCCAUGUUUGAGGCCCAAGGUCAUCAAUUAUGAGCAUUUACCAUUUGGUUACCAGCUCAGAAUGUACUGCUACUAUAAUUGCAGUUAUAUUUACAAUAUACAUUUUUAUUUCCAUACCACUGUUAUGGCAAGAAAGCAAAUUAUGUUUCAGCCAAGCAGUGUUAGUUAAAGACUCUAGAUGGCCUUAUGUAUGCAUAAGCUUGUUUCUCCAGCUACGAUGGUGACGUCUUUAUUAAUAAUGUGUGACUAUGUUUACUUUAAAUGCUAUGCCAUCUAGAACAGAUGGGCUUCAUUAAAAUCCCCACUGAGAAUGCAUGCAUCCACACACACUGAAACAAUCCCCACAUUUGUCUGUACUUGUAGUUUAUUUAUCAUUACCUUUCAAUAUUGUCUGCCAAACAAUAAAACCCUGGAAAAUAAA